AGUGAGCAGAGCGCCAUGAAGGCAGCCGACAAGAUCACCUCGCUGCCGGGGCAGCCGGACGGCGUCGACUUCGACCAGUACGCCGGGUACGUGACCGUCGACGAGACGAAUGGCCGGGCGCUCUUCUACUACUUCGUGGAGGCGCCACAGGACGCCUCGACAAAGCCGCUCCUCCUGUGGCUUAACGGAGGGCCCGGAUGCUCGUCGUUUGGCUACGGAGCAAUGCAAGAACUGGGUCCGUUCCGUGUGAACAGCGACAACAAAACGCUGAGUAGAAACACGAAUGCCUGGAACAAUCUGGCCAAUGUGAUCUUCCUGGAAUCGCCGGCGGGUGUCGGAUUCUCCUACUCCAACACGACCUCCGACUACGACCUCAGUGGAGACCAGAGGACAGCUGACGACGCGUAUUUGUUUUUGGUUAACUGGCUGGAGCGUUUCCCCGAGUACAAGAGCCGUCCCUUCUACAUCUCCGGGGAGAGCUACGCCGGACACUAUAUACCCCAACUUGCUGCCACCGUCCUGAUCCAGAAUUCCUACAACAGCAAGACGGCCAUAAACCUACGGGGAAUCUUGGUUGGAAAUCCACUUCUGGAUUGGAAUAUGAACUUCAAGGGAGCAGUUGACUACUACUGGAGCCAUGGGUUGAUGUCAGACGAGGUCUUUGACAACAUAACCAGGCACUGCAACUAUGACAAUUCAGAUGGUGCGGCAUGCAAUGGCGCUGUGGAUGUGAUAGAUCCUGGACAGAUCGAUCCUUACAACAUAUACGCUCCAAUCUGUGUUGACGCGGCCAACGGAGCAUACUACCCCACUGGCUACCUACCUGGAUAUGAUCCAUGCAGCGAUUACUACACGUAUUCCUACCUCAACGACCCAGCAGUGCAGAACGCUUUCCACGCUAGGAUGACAAGUUGGUCAGGAUGCGCGAACCUGAACUGGACAGAUGCACCGAUCUCCAUGGUGCCGACACUCGCAUGGCUGAUUGAGAAGAAGUUACCGGUCUGGAUUUUUAGCGGCGAUUUUGAUUCGGUGUGCCCGCUUCCCGCCACGAGGCUUUCCAUCAACGAUCUUAAACUUCGCAUCACAACCCCAUGGCGUCCGUGGACAGUAAACAUGGAGGUUGGAGGGUAUGUCCAACAAUACAAGGGAGGAUUCACAUUUGCCUCCGUGAGAGGAGCCGGUCAUAUGGUUCCAUCCUCCCAGCCCGAGAGAGCACUAGUAUUACUGGAUUCCUUCUUCAAAGGGGUGCUCCCACCGUACGUACCGGAGCAGUAA